AUGUCGGAAGAAAACUACCGAAGUUCUAUAACUUCAAGACCCACUUUUAAUAGAACCGUCACAUCAAGCACCCAAAACUUUGGAUCCCCGGGAUCAGGUAAUCGACUUAUCAAAAUUAUCACCGAGACGUCAUCUUCAACAAUGACUGGUGGACCUUCUUCAUUUGGACAAAGUGCUGCUUCAACUAUUCGUGAUAACCGUGAGCGUGAAAAAAAGGAAAUAAUGGAACUGAAUGACCGUCUUGCAAGUUACAUUGAGAAAGUGAGAUUCCUUGAGGCACAGAACAGAAAGCUUGAGGCUGACGUGAAAAUGUUGCACGGACGAUCUGGAAAAAGCACUGUAUCUGUGAAAAUCAUGUACGAGUCUGAAAUCACCGAAGCUCACAAAGUUGUCAAAGAAUCUUCUGUAAGCAAAGAACAGUCUGAAAAAGAAAUCACCAAGUUGCAAGAACAAGUCAAAGAAUACCGCGAUAAAUUGGAAGAGGCUCAAAAUGGUAGAACAGAAGAUCGUCUGAAGAUUGAUGAGCUUCUUGUCACUUACUCUGAACUGGAAGCGGAAAUCAACCUUCUCAAAAGACGGAUUGCUCUUCUCGAGGAAGAAAUCUCACAUCUUCGCAAAGAGAAUGCCUGGCUUCAAGCCGAACUUCAACGUGCUAGAGUUCAACUCGAUCAAGAAACUCUACUCCGUAUUGACAACCAGAACAGAGUUAAGACAUUGCUUGAAGAAAUUGACUUCAUGAAGAGAGGAUUCGACUCUGAACUGAAGGAUCUUCAAGCAAUGGCUGUCCGCGAUACAACUAGUGAGAAUAGAGAGUUUUUCAAGAAUGAAUUGGCAAAUGCUAUCCGGGACAUUCGUGCAGAAUACGAAAAGAUGAUGAAUGGAAAUAAGAACGAAAUGGAAUCCUGGUACCAAAUGAGAGUUCAAGAAAUCAAUACGCAAUCCAAUAGACAAAAUGCUGAAAAUAACUACCAUAAGGACGAAGUCAAGAGAGUGAAAAGUCAAUUAACUGAUUUACGCGGAAAAGUUUCUGAUUUGGAAAGCAGAAUAAUGCAAAACAAUAAAAGAAAAGAAGACCUUACCAACCUUGCCGAUGAUGAAGGACUAGCCUAUGAAGCAGCUCUUAAUGACAAGGACGCUCAUAUCCGCAAGCUACGCGAAGAUUGUCAAUCGCUCAUGGUAGAGCUCCAGAUGCUGUUGGAUACCAAACAAACUUUGGAUGGUGAAAUCAAAGUGUACAGAGCUAUUAUCGAAGGUGUCGAUAAUCCAGGACUAGCGCAACUUGUGGAAAAAGUCGUUCGCACUACGGCUAUUAAUGAAGUUGCUGACACAGAGACGAUGCGAGUUGUUAAAGGAGAGCACUCCAACAGAACAUCUUAUCAGAGAUCUGCUAAAGGAAGUAUUAUCAUCAAGGAAUCUUCUCCCGAAGGAAAAUAUGUUGUCAUCGAGAACACGAACAGAAACAAGGAAGAGCCCCUUGGAGACUGGAAACUGAAGAGAAAGAUUGAUGGAAAACGUGAGAUCAUCUUCACCUUCCCAUCCGAUUAUGUUCUGCAAGCCUCACAAUCUGUAAAGAUAUUUGCGCGUGGACACGGAACUGAAAAUCCUCCAGAGUCCCUUGUCUUCGAAGGCGACGACACUUUCGGAGUUGGAUCGAAUGUUCAAACAAUUCUGUACAAUUCUAACGGGGAGAAGCGAGCAACUGAAUAUCAGCGACAGUCCCAACAGACAACUACUACUGCUUAA